CGCGCUGUGGCUGAGGAAUGGAAGGUACUGGGCGCAAGUGAGGGUUGGUGCAAUUUGAGUUCAACGCGCUCGGUGGAGAUGCCCAGCAGGGGGUCGCGGCUCGAGGACGGCCCCGGGCUGUUCUCCGCAGACCACUCGACACUACACAAGGAGGAUCUUAGCAGCAAGAUUAAAGAACAAAAAAUUGUUGUGGAUGAACUUUCUAACCUGAAGAAGAACAGGAAAGUAUAUAGGCAGCAACAGAACAGCAACAUAUUCUUUCUUGCAGACCGAACAGAAAUGCUUUCUGAAAGCAAAAAUAUACUGGAUGAACUGAAAAAAGAAUACCAAGAAAUAGAAAACUCAGAGAAGACCAAAAUCAAGAAAUAGUCAACUUGAUUUCACACAACAAUGUGUGGCAUUUGUUGUUCUACACACGGAAUGGAAGGA